GCUUUCCGGCGGAGAGCGUGAGCGUGGGGGCUGGGUUUGCGCCCUUCUUUGCCCCCAGCGCUCUUGAUAGCAGUCCCAGUAUUCACUGCCGCUUCUUGCGUGUGCCUUACCCUAGACAGCGCACGCCUUUUGUUCACAGCGCUUCAUCUCAGCCUUCUUUGUAGCGCUUGUUUGGCACCGCAAACUUAAUUCGUAACUCGUGAGGUGGUACUUCUCAUUUUCAUUUUGCAGUUGAGGAACUUAAGCUCAGUUGGCAGUAUGAAUACUCGCCUGAGCUCAGAAAGGGAAUUCGAGGUGAAUACUGGCAUUUGAUCUAGCCUGUAGCGUCCAGCCUGUCGAAGGUUAAGAUGCUCGGUCAGUGUUUAACUUCUGGGUCCCUUCGGAAGGGCUCUAAUAAAAAUAGGCUUAACGUAAUUUGAAGUUGAUUGGUAGAAAUUCGUGAAACUGAAAUCGGGAGCCGUGCCUCUGAUGACUUCAAGUGGUGUGAGCAGCGAGUUUUCUUAUUGGUGCAAACAGCUGCACAGCAAGUGGCAGAGGAUAAAUUUGUUUUUGACUUGCCUGAUUAUGAAAAUAUCAACCAUGUUGUGGUUUUUAUGCUGGGAACAAUCCCAUUUCCUGAAGGAAUGGGAGGCUCUGUCUACUUUUCCUAUCCUGAUUCAAAUGGAAUGCCAGUAUGGCAACUCCUAGGAUUUGUCACGAAUGGGAAACCAAGUGCCAUCUUCAAAAUUUCAGGUCUUAAAUCUGGAGAAGGAAGCCAACACCCCUUUGGAGCCAUGAACAUUGUCCGGACUCCAUCUGUCGCUCAGAUUGGGAUCUCAGUGGAGUUGCUGGACAGCCUGGCUCAGCAGACUCCUGUGGGCAACGCUGCGGUCUCCUCAGUUGAUUCAUUCACUCAGUUCACACAAAAGAUGCUGGACAACUUCUACAAUUUUGCUUCAUCAUUUGCUGUCUCUCAGGCCCAGAUGACACCAAGUCCAUCUGAAAUGUUCAUUCCAGCAAAUGUGGUUCUGAAAUGGUAUGAAAACUUUCAAAGACGACUAGCACAGAACCCUCUCUUUUGGAAAACAUAAUUUGAAUAAAAUAAUUUUUAAUGGAUUCUGAAAUUUGUCAUGUUUUGAAGAUAAUGACUAUUUGAAAGCAUGAAGUCAAAAGGAUCAGUGAAACCUAAGUUUAAAAACUGCUUAGUGACUAUGAAGUUUAAUUAAGAUCUUUAUAAAAAAUUAAAAACAUUGAAAAAUGAAAACAUGUUCAUCAUUAAUGACUCCUUUCCCGUAAGCUUAAAAUACUCAGGAGGUAAAACAUUUUGUUUGGGCUGUGAUUCAUGUUUUACUUAAAAAUAAAGCAUAUUCACAAUAGUGUGCCAA